AUAAUCCGUAAGCCCAGCAUUUGCUGGCCCAUAGCGUUUUGUUCCCAUUUGCUUCCAUGUCAAUGAAAUCCGCAACCCAUAAUAUGUUCACAACAAACAAGAAAUUAGAUGAUCCGGAAGAGCUAGGACCUAUACCGUUAUCUAAUUCCCAAACAGCUUGUUCACAAUCAGGCCCUCCGGAUGGCGGGUUUCGGGCCUGGGGGACUGUUUUUGGGUGUUUCCUCAUGCAAUUUUGUGGUUUUGGAUACAUAGCAUCUUUUGGAAUUUAUCAAGAUUAUUACACACGAAUUUAUCUGACCAACUAUCCACCAUCUGCAAUAUCAUGGAUUGGCGCAUUGACCUCGUUCCUCGCAGUCAAUGUCACAUUGAUCUCAGGUCCGCUGUACGACAGAGGGUGGUUCUAUCAUUUGGUGAUCGUGGGGUCGUCGCUCCAAUCGCUGUCCUUGUUCGCGUUGUCCUUUGCUAAGCCUGGUCAGUUCUACAUGAUCUUCAUGGUUCAAGGUGUCCUUUCUGGGAUUGGGAUAGGCCUAACGUAUGGUCCCUCUUUGGCAGUCGCCUCUCGCCACUUCUCCAGAAGACGCACGCUGGUUAUGUCUCUCGUCACAUCCGGUACACCACUUGGUUCCAUGAUUCAUCCGAUCAUGCUCAAUCACCUUUUGAAUGGUACUGUUGGCUUUGCAAGAGGCGUUUGCGUCAGUGCGGGCUUUGUCAGUGCUCUGUUAUUGAUCGCCUGUUUGUUCAUGCGUACAAGAGAACUGCCUGUACCGACUGUCAGUUAUACCGCAAUGGCGCGAAAAUGUUUUCGCGAGGUUCUCUUCAUCUUCAUGACCGUUGGGAUCCUACUGUGUCAGACCGGCUAUUUCUUCCCCGUAUUCUACUUACAACUGGACUCUAUCAAACAUGGGAUCGACGUACAUUUCUCGUUCUACUCCCUUGUGAUCAUGAAUGCUACCUGUGUCGUCGGCCGCUGCACGGCAGGAAUGAUUGCAACGUACACGGGGGUGUUGAACUUCACGAUCGCAUCCACUGUUGCAUGCAGUGCCAUCAUAAUGUCCAUGACAGCUCUGAGUGACGUGGCCAGUGUGGUUGUGUUAGCACUUGCUUAUGGCUACUUUUCUGGUGUUUACAUCGCGCUAAUAGUCCCAUUGGUGACUGAGUUCACGCCCAAUUUGUCCGAGCUAGGAGCGCGAAUGGGCAUAUGUUUUGCCUUCACUUCUUUUAGCGGAUUACUCGGCGGACCAAUAUCAGGCGCUUUGCUUGGUUCUCAAUAUAGGUGGUGGAUACCGUCGCUCUUCAGUGGGCUCGUCUCCCUCGUCGGAAGUUCGAUGUUCGUGGUGAUGCGCCUGAUGAUAUAUCGCCGAGGAAUGAACGGAAACUAUCCGUAGCUGGCGGGGACACGUGAACCACUUGUUUCGUUAAAUUCUGUCGAGGCCAAUAUUCACUCGUGCUGGAUUACAUGUGACUUAUUGGAAAUAUGUGUAU